ACACCCUGACAAGCGGAAGGCAAGAGAAGGGGUAAUAUAGGGAUUGGAAAGAGUAGUGUGUGGAGCAAAGGAUGACCUAAAUACCCUCAAAAUUGGCUAACCCUAAGCAGCAGAUCUCUCCACCAUCGAAGGCCUCAUAACUGUCCUUUUUUGCCCCUGUAAUUCGCAGUCUUCCCCUUCUCUGCCCUUCACCUUUACAGGUUAUUCCUGUUGCGUAUUUGAUUUAUUAUGGAGCAUAAUGAUUUACUGUUGAGGCAGAAUCAAUACUUGGAACCAGGACAUAGUUGCAGUUCAGUAUUAGUUCAUAGUCAUAAUUUUGAUUUGUCAGACAUCAACGGUCAUAAUUUGGAUGUGGAUGUUGCCAAUGACUAUGUUGGAGACUUCAGCUUAGGACACACUGAUGACCAACUAGUUCUCAGUCAGGCCAAUGAACAUGAUUCAGUUCAGCGACAUGGAGAUGUUCACUAUUUUAAAGAGAAUGGAGCAUAUUUUGAUAGAGAAGACAAUGCUGAUAUUAAUCAAAACAAUACUAAUGUUGAGGACCAUGAAAAUCACUUGACUGGCACAGAUCAAAGCCAUGAAGUAGGUUCACGAGAGAAUCAUGAAUUGGCUACAGUAGAGUAUGCUGAUAUUAAUGAAAAUCAGGAGAUGGGUAUUGUUCAAAUCUCAGAUGAGAAUUUUCAGCAGCCACUGAUAGUGAGAGAUCCACCUAUCCUUCAGUCUCAAGCGCUAGAACUGACUGUUGGGCAAGAGUUUCCUGAUGUUCACAGCUGCCGAAGAGCACUCAGAGAUGCAGCGAUUGCUUUUCACUUUGAGAUGCAAACAAUCAAGUCUGACAAAACUCGUUUCACUGCUAAAUGUGCAAGUGAGGGAUGCCCUUGGCGAAUUCAUGUGGCAAAGCUCCCAGGUGUUCCUACAUUCACUAUCAGGACUAUUCAUGAGGAACAUACUUGUGGUGGAAUUACACAUCUCGGUCAUCUGCAAGCCUCCGUCCAAUGGGUUGCAGACUCCAUGGAACAGCGCCUCAAAGAGAACCCUCAUUACACGCCAAAGGAGAUACUUGAGGAGAUACAUCGAGUUCAUGGGAUCACAUUAUCCUACAAGCAAGCCUGGAGGGCAAAGGAGCGGUUCUUGGCUACUGUUCGUGGAUCAUUCGAGGAAGAGUAUCACCUCCUCCCACUUUAUUGUGAUCAGCUACGAAGGACGAAUCCAGGAAGCAUUGCAGUGGUUUAUGGGAAUCCUGUUGACAAUUGUUUUGAACGGCUAUUUAUCUCAUUCCAAGCAUCAAUAGAUGGAUUUUUGAAUGGAUGCUGGCCUCUUAUUGGACUUGAUAGAACUCUUCUGAGAAGCAAGUAUGUCGGGACCUUGCUUUUUGCCACUGGUUUUGAUGGUGAUAGCACUGCAUUUCCUUUGGCAUUUGGCGUGGUUGAUAAUGAAAAUGACGAUAACUGGAUGUGGUUCCUUUCUGAGCUGCAUAACUUGCUUGAAGCCAACACAGAAAACAUGCCUAAGCUUACAAUUCUUUCGGACAGACAGAAGGGUAUUGUUGACGGAAUAGAAGUAAACUUCCCAACAGCUUUUCAUGGAUUCUGCUUGCAUUUUCUUGCAGAAAGUUUCCGCAAGGAGUUCAACAACACCAUCCUAAUUAACCUUUUCUGGGAAGCUGCUAACGCUCUCACUGUAAUGGAGUUUGAGCAAAAAAUCUUUCUGAUUGAGGAGAUGUCACCGCAAGCAGCAUGUUGGGUAAGAAGCAUUGACCCGUGCUUGUGGGCUACGGCAUGUUUUGAAGGAACAAGACUUGGACAGCUAACAGCUAACAUUGUUGAAUCUUUAAAUGCUCUGAUACUGGAAUCCUCUGGACUUCCAAUAAUUCAAAUGAUGGAGUAUAUUCGUCGACAGUUGAUGACAUUGAUCAAUGAGCGGCGUGAAACAAGUUUGCAGUGGGCAAGCACACUCGUUCCAUCUGCUGAAUUGCAAGUCUCCGAAGCUAUCAAGCGUGCACACAAUUGCCAUGUUCUCAAAGCAAACGAUGCUGAGUUUGAAGUUGCCUCCAGAGAAGGAUCGCAUAUAGUGAACAUUCGUAGCCGUCAGUGUUCGUGUCGUGGAUGGCAGCUACGUGGCUUGCCCUGUGAUCAUGCUGUGGCAGCUCUCAUGUUUUGCAGGCAGAAUGUUUAUCGGUUUGCUGAAAGCUGUUUCACUGUGGCAAAUUAUCGCAAGGCAUACUCCCAGACCAUACACCCAAUUCCGGAUAAAGCCCUUUGGAGGAAUGAAGGCUAUAACGAUGUUGGGCCCAGGAUAAACCCGCCAAGGUCCUUCCGGCCACCGCCAGGAAAAUCAAGGAAAAAGAGAGUGCGUUCAGAAGAUGGUGGGCGAGUUAAACGACCAGUUCAUUGCAGCCGCUGUCAUCAGACUGGACAUUUUAGAACAACAUGUACAGUCCCCAUAUAGAUGUUGGUAUUCAAGUUCCUAUACUUAGAACAGAGAAUUAGGCUUUUCUCUGUUCCUUUUGCUUUUGGGGUCACCCUCUACAGUACACAGAGUUUUGGUACUUAAGAUUUAUUACCACCUUCAUACAUUAGUUGGUUUAAAAAAUUCAAUUGAGGUAGGCGAUAUUUUGGAAUGUAUAUGAUAAUUUAGAUUUUUGGAUCAACUUUUAAUUAUUCUUAUAUGGGAAUACUGCUCGUUCUUUUGCAAA